AUGUCUUGCACGACUACCAUUGAACAGGUUCAGAAGCGAAUGCCGCUAGCCACUGACACAACGGCAGUGCCUCCAGUGCAACAGAAGCCAGGAUGCGAGGGCCCUGUGUGGGUUCCUCUUCGAGUCUGUGGAUUCCUGUACUCCUAUGAUGAUCUCGUGGCGUAUGCAGAGAAAUACCUGCCGGAUGACUUAGAGAAAGAGCGUUCGAAGCGCCCGAUCCGUGACUACCGCCGCCAACGAGCUCUUAAGCACAUCAAAAAUCAGUUGGAAAACCUAGACUAUGUGCUCGUUCAGCUCGCCGACGGUGAGGUGGCGAAAUGUAUGCUCGUCGGCAGUAAUUACGACGAGGAAGAAUUGGCCAAAGCCCGCCACCUGGACAGAAUUGCCAAGUUCCGAAAGGUCCUCGCCAUCGAUAGCACUUGCGAGCCCAAAUGGUACCGCCUCGGCAGAAGUGCACAACAUCGGCUCAUGAUCUCGGAGGAGCGAGCGUACCCAGAUAUGCUGAUAGAGUACGUCUAUGAGAUCGACCUCGAUGAUGAGGUCUUCUGGGUGAAUGGGAUGCCGAUAUUCCGACUGGAUUGCAUGCCGAUGGCGGAGGUGUUCCUCGAGGUGCUGGGCAAAGACAUCUACCCCACUAUGCGACGACGGAGAGCAUGGCAUCUAAGCAUGGGUUUAGGAUCGCUGCCCCCCCGCAGCCACUCAGCGCAGACAUGGCAUCAUAUGAAUUCCUCCGCGGAUCGACCAGCGUCGGCACCGAUAUUUGGGAGCUUCUGA